UCGGUUUCGUUGAAGCAUCGCAUCCGUCCACAAACCUGCUUGGGAAUAAUUCAUGAAUAUUUGUAGCAACGAUUUGUCUCAAAUAGCAAACACUUCAACUUAACUAACGAUGGCGUCAGAACUAGGAGUGAACCAGCACCACCAGUCCCAAGUGAUCAACUACAUUCGUUUUGCACGCUACCAGAGAGGUCAGAGGUUACGGGCUGUAGAUGCCUGUUUUGAUGAACUACGAGACAGUAGGUUGACUGAGGGAACAUUCACCAUUGAUGAGGUGACGGAGAUGUUGGAGGGCCUGCAGACCGUGGUCCGGAGUGAGGCGGAGUCGGAGCUGCUGAACACGGCCCACACCAAUGUGCUGAUGAUGAGGCAGAUGUUCAUACAGGCAGAGAAGUGGCACCUCAAGCUUCAGGCUGAUAUCUCCGAGUUGGAAAACAGAGACCUUUUGGAGCAGAUUAAAGAUUUUGAGGAGCGGGAAUUUUCGGGUACAAAAAGAGACACAGAAUUUACACCGUCAAAGCUAGCUCCCUUGAAUGAGACGGGUGGAACUGCUUUGUUACACAUGAAAAUAGAAGAAUUGGAAGAAGAGAAUAAAACAUUAGAGCGCAAGCUGCAGCUGUAUGAAGCACAGAUGAGUGAUGAACAGAAGCGGCAACUCAAGUUGUCAGGGGAUUUGGAUAGACUCAAUUCUCAGAUGGGCAGCAUGAAGGGAAAACAGGGAGGUGCCGACUCGGAGGAGAUUAGAAGGAAGCUGGCUGACAUGCAGACAGAAUUAGAUUCUACUCGCAAGAAGGGACAGUUGAGCGAGGCCAAUAUGGAGACUGACCUGGCUGGUACCAAACAUGAACUCCUCAGAAUACGAGAGAUGUUGGAAAUGGCUGAAAAGGAACUGGAGAAGAAAGUGAGCCAGACCAAUCCAUUCAAGAACCUCAAGCAGAUGCUCAUGAAGAAGAAUGACCAGAUGAAGGAGCUAAGAAAAAGACUAUCCAAAUACGAGACUGUUGAAGACUGAAUGGAAUGUGCCAUAAAUAUACAAGCACAUAUGCUGAAUGCCACAAAGUUACUGUUAGUGUUUAUUUUACGUAUUUUCUUUUCAUCUAUGCUCUUCAUCUGUGAUAUUUCAACAACUGCAUAUUACCAUAUAUGCCAUGGCAACAUAUACUUAUCAAUCAACAGGAUAUGUUUAUGAUACGCAAUUUUGAAGGUCUUUUUGCCAGCUGCCAUACCAAAUGAGUCAUUCAUAUACUGCUCAAAAGAAGUUAAGGACCACCGAUGGCAUGACAGAUUAACUAUAGUAAUAUGAAAUAAUCAAGUGGUCUUUUUGUGCCUUUCAUGGCAUGACAGAUUAACUAUAGUAACAUGGAAUAGUCAAGUGGUCCUGAACUUCUUUUGAGUAGUAUAGAUUAAAUAGUAUAGGGCCGUGGAGAACUGAUCUCAAGGUUUGGAAAAGUCAUUUGUGUUUGUGCUUGAUCCUAGCCCUGAUCUGUUCACCUAUGAUCUUCAAGUUCUGAUGUCUGAUUCAAACAAGUGCUAAUAGUACAAUUAGCAAUGCAAUUCUGUUGUAUUCCGUCAGUCUGUGACUACAGCCUGAAGCCCGAGUCAACUAAAUAUCUGUCCGGUCUAGUAAGCUCAGGUACUGUAAUAGUAGUCUUUGUUAUGACACUAAAUUCUACUGAAAGUGAUGCUGAGAGACAUGUUCGGGCUAGUAGGCUCAAAAGUGUUUGGGGGCAGUCGGGUAGCCUAGUGGUUUAAGUGUUUGCUUGUCACGCUGAAGACCCGGGUUUGAUUCCCGACAUGGGUACAAUGUGUGAAGCCCAUUUCUGGUGUCCCCCGCCGUGAUAUUGCUGGAAUAUUGCUAAAAGCGGCGUAAAACCAUACUAACUCACUCACUCUAAAGUGUUUGGCACAGACUGUUCCUUACAACAGAUAUCAGUUUUGCUAUCCAUCAUGUUAACAGGCAUGAGAAUGUUUCUGUUAAGUUUCCUUAGCAUUUGUAUUCAAAUGACAAACACGACUAAUCUUGUUGAAACUGUUUAUUAUCUCAGUUGCCACAGUUGGGAAUAAUAGGACGGCAUCACCAUACACAAAGAUAAAUGUUGAUUUUUUAAUGAAUAUUUUUGGUUUGUUAUCGAACUGAAACCAGAUGUAAUCAGUAUGUUAUGGCCUUAAUCUGAUGGGAAUCUGUCUGUCAGGAUUAUAAUAGGUUAUCAUUGGGACCAGGGGUCUUGUGCCUCCCAGUCAUUGAAUGUGCUGCAAUUCAUUUUGCAGAGUUAUGUCCCUUAGUCAUGUUAGGAUCAGCUUAUUGAGGGUUUGAAUCCCAGAUUUGUUCUGAUCCAUGUUUGUGGAUUUCACUGAAGUGUUAAACAUCUAUGACCUGUGUCAUGGUGAGCUGUCUUCCCACGUGGAGGUGACACGCCAAGAUAUAACUGAAAUACUGUUCAAAGUGGCAUAAACCGCAACUAACUCGCUCACUCACUCCUCCUAGUCCGUUUAAGGCCAGCACACUUGGGUGUGUGACUCUUUCAGUGAUUGACUGUCCCAUGUCAUGGUGACUGGAGAAGCAAGAUUAUUAUAUCAUUUUAUUUUGAAUACGUCCAUUGUUUGAAAUUGUUGUGAGGGGAAAUGCAAUAAGGGAUGCAAUGAGGAUGCAUGUUUUUGUUGGUUUCUGCUUUCAUGUCUGUUUCUUACAUCCUCCUUUUAAAAGAAUUUGAGUCCGUUAAUAGUAUGACGUAAAUCAAAUGAUUGGUAUAUUUAAAGUAAUCAACCUUGUUUAUGAAUCACAUGGUUUUGUUUGGUAACUUGUUUGAAGUAUUUUGAUCUAAAAAAUAGUCCUGUAAAUUCAGACCAUUAGUGUCUCCAUGUGUGGUAGGUAGUUAGUGCUUAAUGUGUGUGUUGGGAUUAAUUUUGAGUCAUUUGAGCAUAAGUCCUUUGGUUUUUCCUAGGCAUCUGAUUGACUGAAAACAUAGAAAAAUAUCCCUCGUGAAGUCAGGAAAUGGUACUCACUAUGGGACUAAUGGGCACGAGUGGCAGGGCGUCUUAAGGCAUUGCAAUAUCCUGUGCAAAGUUGCGUCCCUUGAGCAGGCCAGAAACCUGUGACUGUGGGUUCAAAUCCUGGUUUGCCCUGAUUGUUUCUUGGUUAGUCAGCACCAUUCCCAUGCUUGUUGGUUUCACCAAAGUGGUAAACAUCUAAGACCAGCAUCCCCUCGGGCUUUCCUCCAACAUCAAGCUGACACUGUGAUAUGACUGAAAUACUGUUCAUCACAGCGUUAAACCCAACUCACUCAGAUUAUAUAAUAAACAAGCAUUCUCAGUUUCAGAUAUUUUAGUUAUGAGAAUCUUUCCUUAUUUGUAUGUCUUGAUUCUUGGGAUGCUGAGCCAUGUGGGAUACUACUUUGUAAUCCACUUCUGACAUUUAAACAAUUCUGCUAACGCUUUCCUAUAUGCCAGUAUGUUGUUCUGCUUUGUCAAUUUAUGUCACAAGUCCCAUUGAUAUUGUACCUUGUCAAACAUAUCUAUAUUGUAUUUGUGUUAUAGAGAGGGAAGUAUCCUUGAAGGUAGAUCGGAGGCCUUAUGUAGUUGUUUAUUUGUAAUGCUUGAUGAUCAGUUGGAGGGAAGAUAUUACACAGCAUUGACGACACUGCUGUUAUCUGUAAUGGGGUACUCUGUCCAGUCUAAAGUUGUAUUGUUAAAUUAGUGUCAUGUAUGCAGGAGUGAGAAUCUUCUGCGUAUCCGCGUAUCCGCAUUUGUUAAAAUCUGAUGGCUUCACCCAUUAAGACCCCCAAAUUAUGGACCACGCUCCAUCGCAAAGAAGUUUCAGCUGAAAAGGAUAAUAUCCAUUCUCAUCCCUAUGUAUGAAGCAGAGACAUUGUCUCUGUGUGACAAGAGAAUCAAAAACAUAGAUCGAUAUACAUAUAAAAUGACAACAAAGUGUGAUUUUAAUGACUGCAACAAACUUUCCUUGGACUGCCAAUAAUCUGGGGCCAUGUACCCCUUUAGAAUUAAUAUUCCAAGUAUGCGAAAAAGACAGCAGUAUCGUGGUAAUGACAUCCAAGUCAAGAUAUGCUACUAACGAUGGGGACCAAAUAUAGAACUAAUCCAAUUAUGAUAGUCAAGUCACAGAGGUUCUGUGAUGAGAGGUACCAGGGAUAUACUAUAAGAUAAUGGUUUACAUGGAUAAAUGUAUGGAUGUAUGUGAAUGUACGGUAUCUUACUUUGUAAAACCAAAUGCCUUAGUAGUAACUUACAUGUAAAACGUGGAGCAAAAUAAGAGUAGAAUAUUUUGAUUCAUUUUUUGAAGCACAAUGUUUUUCUACAGCACUGAGAUAUUGUCAAAAUAAUACAAAAUUAAACGUCCAUUUCUAUACCGUCCAGAUUUUGCAGUACAGUAUGAAAACUAUUUUUUAUCCCCCGCCCAACAAUGUUGGCGGGGGAUAUAGAAACGGGCUCCGUCCGUCCAUCCGUCCGUCCCUCCGUCACGUUUUUUUGUUUCCGGAGCAUAACUCAGAAACCUUU